GGUCUUCCAGCUGUUGUUUCUCCUCACUAAGGAUGUUAUUGCACAUCUUGUGUAUGAUUUGGGCUUCAUCUGUCAUUUUUUUGCAAGGCAGGUCUGUGCUCUGUAAAGAGAUGAAGCUGCCCAGCAGAGCGGCCAAGCCUCCGUCUCCAUCUGACUUUCUGGACAAACUGAUGGGACGCACAUCUGGCUACGACGCCCGAAUCAGACCCAACUUCAAAGGUCCACCUGUCAACGUCACCUGCAACAUCUUCAUCAACAGCUUCGGAUCCAUCACUGAAACAACUAUGGACUACCGGCUCAAUGUGUUUCUGCGGCAGCAGUGGAAUGACCCUCGGCUGGCCUAUAAGGAGUACCCAGACGACUCUCUGGACCUGGACCCCUCCAUGCUGGACUCCAUCUGGAAACCGGACCUGUUCUUUGCAAAUGAAAAGGGGGCAAACUUUCACGAGGUCACGACAGACAACAAGCUGCUUCGCAUAUUCCAGAAUGGAAACGUCCUCUACAGCAUCAGGCUGACUCUGACACUUUCCUGUCCCAUGGAUCUGAAAAACUUCCCCAUGGACAGCCAGACGUGUACAAUGCAACUGGAAAGCUUUGGCUACACCAUGAACGAUCUGAUCUUUGAGUGGCUGGAUGUGGGAGCCCUGCAGGUGGCUGACGAUCUGACGCUCCCUCAGUUUGUGCUGAAGGAGGAGAAAGGCCUCGGCUACUGCACCAAACACUACAACACAGGGAAGUUCACCUGCAUUGAGGUGAAAUUCUACCUGGAGCGUCAGAUGGGCUACUACCUGAUCCAGAUGUACAUCCCCAGCCUGCUCACCGUCAUCCUGUCCUGGGUCUCCUUCUGGAUCAACAUGGACGCCGCUCCGGCCAGAGUGGGACUGGGCAUCACUACAGUGCUCACCAUGACAACACAGAGCUCUGGAUCCAGGGCCUCGCUGCCAAAGGUGUCCUACGUGAAAGCCAUAGACAUCUGGAUGGCGGUGUGUCUUCUCUUCGUGUUUGCCGCGCUCCUGGAGUAUGCGGCCGUUAAUUUUGUUUCACGCCAGCACAAGGAGUUCUUCAGAAUGAGGAGGAAGCUGAAGGAGCAACAGCGUCACAGAACUCAGGGAAGCGGUGACAGUAAAGUGAAAGGAAAAAACAUGUCAGGCAACAACGCUCCUCAUGGGACCGUGGCCCAGCAGUGCACUGCCUGUGCCAGGGAGGAGGAGCUGGCCCAGCAGGGUUUACUCUUCCAGAGUUUUGGCUUGGCGCUGACAGCAGGAGGUGCAGUGGAAAUGGAUGCAACACCGGUCUUUGCUGAUCUGCCUCCUGGUUUAGGUUUCUAUGACAUCCGCAGGCGCUUUGUGGAUCGAGCAAAAAGGAUCGACACCAUCUCCCGAGCUGUUUUCCCCAUGAGUUUCCUCAUGUUUAACGUCCUCUACUGGCUCACCUACAAAGUUCUACGACAUGAAGACCUUCUAGCCGCGCUGUGAGGAUCAUAAAGACACUGGAUACCUUUAAUUCUGCUCUCUUCACUGAAACAUUUACAGGCUGGGAGUCCUCAGCUGAGCCAGGCAAGAUGGCGACAUGUCCAGUGCCAUAGGGACAUUAAGAUGACAUGCAAGAGUCCAUUGGUUUCUUUUGAAUUUUUAAU